AUACCACAGUAAACAACUUGUUAUUUUUAAUAAACCUCACGUAAUCUUACUUAUACCUUCUUCAUCAUCUUCAAAGGUUUUAUUUCCAAGCAGCCCCCAGCACGUAGACCAUGAAGAGGUACUGCUUGAUUCUGGUACUCUACUUAAUAUCGAGUUCCCGGGCCGAUAUAAGUAACAAAUACUUCCCGGAAUCUUUCCAAUUCGGUGCUGCCGGAGCCGCGUACCAGAUCGAGGGCGGCUGGAACGAAGAUGGCAAGGGAGAGAACAUAUGGGACCACUUCUUGCACUACAACGUUUCAGGAAAAGUUGUGGACGACUCCAAUGGCGACGUAGCUUGCGACUCGUACCACAAAUGGCAAGAGGACGUGGAUAAUCUGAAGCAACUAGGGGUCAAACUCUACAGGUUUUCGAUCUCAUGGUCGAGGAUUCUUCCUGACGGUACACCGUACCAGGUCAAUCAAAAAGGAAUCGAUUAUUACCUAAAUCUGAUCAAGGCGCUAAAACAAAACGGUAUUGAACCGGUAAUCACCCUGUAUCACUGGGACCUGCCUCAGCAUCUGAGCGAGUUCGGAGGAUGGUUGAACCCCCAGAUAUCUGAUUAUUUCGCCGCUUACGCACGCAUAUGCUUCGAAAACUUUGGGCCUUAUGUCAAGUACUGGACCACCAUCAAUGAACCCCUGUCCACCUGCGUUAUUGGCUACGCUCAAGGGCUGCAUGCUCCUGGGUAUUACCUGAUCGACGGCGGUAUGUACCAGUGCGCCUACGUGUCGUUACUGGCUCACGCCAAAGCGUGGCACAUUUACGACGAGGAAUUUAGGGCCCAGCAGGGAGGAAAAGUUGGUAUAAGUCUGGCAUGCGGCGCCCAGUUGCCUUUUGAUCCCAACAGCGCCCAAGACCAAGAAGCAGCGGAAAGGAAUUAUCAAAUGGGAUGCGGCUGGGUCGGUAACCCCAUCUACUUCGGCAACUGGCCCCAAGUGAUGAUCGACAGGAUCGCAGCUAAAAGUAAACAAGACAACUACCCAUUCUCGCGACUUCCAGAAUUCACCCAGGAGGAGAUCGAGUUCAUAAAAGGAACCAACGACUUCUUACCCCUUAAUUACUAUACUUCAGCGCUGGUACAAUACGCUGAUGAAUGGACCGGUGCGCCUAGCUACUGGCUCGACAUUAACGUCCAAACUUUCGCUAACGAAUCCUGGCCCAAAUCAGCUUCCGACUGGCUGACUUCCUAUCCGGAGGGACUGAGGAUCCUGCUUAAUAGGAUAAACAAAGAUUACAAUCCUGGAGAGAUCAUCAUCGCUGAGAAUGGCUGGUCUGACAACGGAGAGCUCGACGAUCAAGGUCGCUUAACAUAUAUCCAGGCACACUUAAGCGCCAUCUUGGAGAGUAUCUUAGAAGAUGGCGUGAACGUGAGUGGCUACACCGUGUGGAGUUUGAUGGACAACUUCGAAUGGGCCGAAGGCUACACGCAACGUUUUGGUAUCAUCAAAGUUGACUUCGAUGACCCGCAAAGGACUAGAACGUGGAAAAGUUCUGCUAAGUACUACCAGAACGUGGUGGCCACCAGGUGUUUGUUGGAUCAAUGCCAAUGAUGAUAUUCAUUCAAUCCGAAUAAAUCUGGUUGCCUGAUACUCAGUGUUCAGUGUUUCAUU